UAAUCCUUAUGUCUGCUUGAUGUUAUUCAGGCUGCGACUUCCGCCAUGGCUGAAAACAAAGAUUCCUAUGGGAAAGAACUAUAAUAAAUUAAAGAAUACCCUGAGAAGCUUAAAUCUUCAUACAGUCUGUGAGGAAGCUCGUUGCCCCAACAUUGGAGAAUGCUGGGGAGGUGGUGAAUAUGCUACAGCUACAGCUACUAUUAUGCUGAUGGGUGACACAUGCACUAGAGGUUGCAGAUUUUGUUCAGUAAAGACAGCAAAAAAUCCACCUCCACUAGAUGCCGAGGAGCCCUACAAUACAGCCAAAGCUAUAGCUGAAUGGGGCUUGGAUUAUGUUGUGUUGACGUCUGUGGACAGAGACGAUAUGCCAGAUGGUGGAGCAGAGCACUUUGCAAAGACUGUCUCUCAUCUGAAGGAAAGGAAUCCUAAAAUUCUAGUAGAAUGCCUAACUCCUGAUUUUCGAGGGGACCUUAAAGCUGUGGAGAAAGUAGCAUUGUCAGGACUAGAUGUAUAUGCCCACAAUGUGGAAACUGUUCCAGAAUUACAGAGGAGGGUGCGCGACCCCCGCGCCAGCUUCGAGCAGUCGCUGCGCGUCCUGCGGCACGCCAAGGAGCUGCGGCCCGAGCUCGUCUCCAAGACCUCCAUCAUGCUGGGCCUGGGCGAGACGGACGAGCAGCUGCACGCCACCAUGAAGCUGUUGCGUGAGGCCGGUGUAGACUGCUUGACCCUAGGACAAUACAUGCAGCCAACAAAGCGUCACCUAAAGGUUGAAGAAUAUAUAACUCCUGAAAAAUUCAAGUACUGGGAGAAAGUAGGAAAUGAUCUUGGAUUCUAUUACACAGCUAGUGGGCCUUUGGUGCGCUCCUCUUACAAAGCAGGUGAAUUCUUCUUGAAGAACUUGGUAGAAAAGAGAAAGACAAAAGCCAUCUGAAAAGGA